UAAGAAAGGAGCAGCAGCAUCCACGCAGGACAUCAGGAUAGCAGAUUAAAUAUAGACAUGGAUUACAGAGCCAUUGUUUUCACUCCUGCUAAAUAAGACAGUACACUUAAAAUGGAAUGCCACUUGACCUUUUGUGUCUGGUCGGUCUGUGACUGUAUUUAACUGCUGCAGGGAGGAAACAUUUUCCCCUGGAACUGUCCCCUGCUGAUAUGAGGAUCGCUGCUGCUGGGUCACAGCAUGCUCAAGAGGCAGAAUCCCGGCGCUCCAGAGCACAGGAGGGAUCUCACAGCCGAUGGAGGAGCUCUGCCCAUGUCUCACAAUGACUCGCGCUCUUUUUUCAACUUGUCUCAGCUGGUGCUCUCUGCCGGCCAAAUCAAACCAUCACCAGCGCUCAAACAUUCAAAAGUCACGUAUUUUGAAGUAGAGAUUGUUGAUGUGCAAAGCAAGAAGCAGAUCUGCAUUGUGGACAAGGUACCUCCAGCAUCUACUGUUCUUGAUGUGAAACACAAAUUUCACAAAGCAUGUCCCCAGUGGUACCCAUCCCGUGUUGGCCUGCAGCUAGAACGCAACGGGCCCUUUUUGAAGGAUUCCAUCAGCAUCCAAAGCCUUGCUGUCUCCUCCAUCAUUACACUGUAUUUUACAGACCUGGGUCAGCAGGUUGGUUGGACCACAUUUUUUCUAACAGAAUACACCGGACCUCUUCUCAUAUAUCUGCUCUUUUAUAUUCGCCUCUCAACUAUUUAUGAUCAAGUGGAAAGCAGGAAGAACUUCCGUCACCCAGUGGUUCACUUGGCCUGCUUCUGUCACUGUUUACACUACAUCAGACAUCUUCUGGAGACAUUAUUUGUUCACAAGUUUUCGGAAGGGCACACUCCUUUGAAAAAUAUGAUAAAGGGCUGUGCCUUUUACUGGGGAUUCACAUCCUGGAUUGCAUACUACGUCAACCAUCCACGGUACACACCGCCAUCAUUUGGCCACAAACAAGUUUCUUAUGCUGCUCUUGCUUUUCUGAUGUGUGAAGCUGGAAAUCACUUUAUCAACGUAGCUUUAGCUCACCAAACCAAUGAAGGAAAUAGAACCUGUUUUCCAAGUCCAACCUACAACCCCUUUACGUGGCUCUUCUUGCUGGUAUCCUGUCCCAACUAUACAUAUGAGGCUGGGUCUUGGAUUAGUUUCACAGUGAUGACACAAACUCUGCCAGUUGGCAUCUUUGCUUUCCUGAUGGUCAUCCAGAUGUCUCUGUGGGCCCAGAAGAAACACAAGCUGUAUCUGAAGAGAUUUUAUCCAGAAGUGAGGAGAAAAGCAGCUAUGAUUCCCAUCAUCUUCUGAGAUUGUCAUGAGAGUUGGAGCCUAAGUGUACACUUCAAGAGUCAACUCAGAGUAAAUGAGCCAUUUAAUUCAGGAACUAUGUGGAUCAGAGAAAAAAAAAAGACUGGAUAUCUUUUUCAGGAAAUUAACAGUUCAAGAAGAGGUUUUAAUUAAAUGCAAAAAUUUAGCUCUUGAAUUCUUGGUUCCUGCUAAAAGAUAUGAUUUAGUUCAAUUUUCUGUAAUGGAGCUAAUUGAAAAGGGACAAGAAAAUUGCUUAUAUUGAAUGCUAGAUACUUAGCUGGUGAAAAUGGGCACAGAUGCUGCUAAAAUUAAUGAACACAACUCAUUUGCCACAUUCAGGUAUGGUAAUUUUAAGGUUCAGUGUUAGAUGUUGAGGAGAGUCUUGGAUUUUUGCAUCAUAAGAUGUUUCACAGCCUUAUUUUUAUUAAACUACACAGAAAAAGCACAUUCUGCCUCAGCUUCUCUAAAGUGACACAUCAAAGGAUGACCACUAUGCUGUGAACACUGUUUAGUCUAGCUUCACAAAGUUUUUAUUUUUUUUUAAUCAAAUCUCAUAGUAAAUUGUUUAAUACAAAUUGGCUUAAAUUUCUCACUGCAAAGAGGGUUGUUUUUCUUUUAUAUUUAGGUAGGCAGAUCAGCCCCAUGAUCCCACAAGGGGACCAUUUGUGACUGCUUCCCAUCUUGUAACUAAUUUGUGGCAUAACCUUGGGUACAUCGUUGAGGCCCAUUUCCCUUUCUCACACUGAGCUGUCUGGGAAUAGCAGAAAACCUUCUGCACUGACAAGUGUGGUAAGAUCCCCUCAAUCAAUGCCUGGCUGCAUCCAGACACCAUUCACCUUACUUGUAUGAAGCAGUGUGAAACCCUUGGGCACAAGGUGAAACAGAGUAUGGCUCACUAUCAAUCAGGAAAGAGAUGCCAAAUGCAUUUCAGUCUGUAUCUGAACUGCCUCAGAUGGACACUGCUGACAGGCUUCACUGCCCUUCAGCUUAGCCAGGCUCUAUCUACUACUCUGCUUUCCAGGACAUUAUUUUUUAAGGAAUUCUCUGGGCUUGUUAUUGAAGUCCUGGAAAUAUUGAGUAGCUCUGUUUGCAAAUCAGUGGCAGCCAUGUCAUGCAGGAGCGCAAUUUAAGUAAGGCAGAGCAAAAGAACCAGAACUCUUUCAGCAAGUUUUAGGAUAUGAAGAGUUAGGGCAUUGAGUUCAGCUUUCAUUAUAUUUCUGUUGCACAUUUAUCAAUACCUUCUGGUGCCCUUAGGCUGGUGAAAAAAAUCUUGCCUGAAGAAUUUUAUAGUCAUUAGAGAAACACUGGAGUACACCAGCAAGGCAGGCAGUUUGUCUCCUAAAGGCGCUGUUAUCUUUGUGCCAGCUCAAGUGCUCUGACAAAGUUAAUUUGCCUGGUAAAUUGGGUUCACAUCCCUCUUCUGAUGUCUAGCUUGCAACACUUAUCCUAGUAGCCACUGUAACUCAAUUUCAUCUUUGUAAUGUAAAUACAUCACUUUCCAUAUUUUUUAACUUGCAACCUGUGAAACACAAUUUUUAUUCCUCUCAAUGGAAAACCCUAAUCAAAGUGAAUAUACGGUUCUCUGACCCAGACUGCUAAUAAAGAUUUAUUUUUGAAAAAUUAUUUUCUGUACUCUUUAAUCAAAUACUUAACUACAAUAUUUUUAAAACUCUUUUUUUUCCAGGCAAUGUUAGAUGUGUGAAUAAAGGUGGUUGUCUGGGUUUUUUUUUCAAAUUCAGCUACUGAAAUGCUUUUCUCUUUGUGUUUAUUAAAUGUCUUAUUUUAGCAAUCUUAAAGUUUUAAAAUAGUCUCCAUGUUGGAGAGUAACUCAUUAUAAUAAAUUACUUAUCUAUUAAUCUUUUGAUUGCAAUGUCUGCAGCUUUAAGUCUGUUCAAGGCAUAUUUCCAGUGGGAUUCCAAUUGCUAGGAACAUGGUUCCUAUUCAACAGUUUAGGUGGAGGAAAUAUUUCUGGAAUUGUUAACUCCCUGUUUAUUAGUUUGUUAUUCAGUACAUGGGGUAAGGGGGAAAAGAGUUUUGGCUCCUGAAGUAAAUGACUGAAGUUUUAAAGUAAGGUAAAAAGUAAAGUAAAGGGUGAGAGUAAAUACUAGGUAAGAACAAAUGAAGAUAUAUUGCAGAAGGCUGUCUCAGAUAAACAUGAUAGAUAUUUUGAGUUUCACCAGUGGGGUGUUGAUGAGCUAAAACUGCUCUGAACAGUGUUAAAUGGCCUCACAAAUAGCAAUAAAUCUAACUUCCUGCACCUUUUUCUUCCUACACAUCCUCCUCUGAUUUUCAGGGCAAAUUCCAUGCAAUUAGAAAAAGUAAACUAACUUCCUAGAAUGGGGGACAUAUUCUUCUUCAAAACAAAAAGUUUAUAAAAAUCACCAGCCUGUUUUGAUAAACAUUUCAGAGACCUUGCUUAUAGACCACCAAAAAAGCCAAGCAAAGAA